UUCUGUUCUGACAAAAUGGAGGCAGCAAGAAUGAUGUUUGUGGCUUUCUUCGCCGUAAUCGCUUUCUGUUUGAGCACAACUUCAGCCAGCCCCACCCCAGUGGUGAUUUGGCAUGGCAUGGGAGAUAGCUGUUGCAACCCUCUGAGUAUGGGUUCAAUAAAACGAAUGAUUGAAGAAAAGGUUGGAGGUGGCAUUUAUGUCAGAUCUCUUGAAAUUGGUAGCAAUAUCAUAGAGGACACGGAAAAUGGCUUCUUGCUGAACGUGAACAAGCAGAUUGAUAUGGUGUGCAGUAAGCUGCAGAAGGAUCCCAAACUGCAGCAGGGAUAUAACGCAAUGGGCUUUUCCCAGGGAGGGCAGUUCUUGAGAGCUAUAGCUCAGAAAUGUCCGAACCCGCCGAUGCUUAACUUGGUGUCUUUUGGUGGGCAACAUCAAGGUGUCUAUGGGUUCCCAAGAUGCCCAGGAGAAAACCAAACCAUGUGUGACUACGUCCGUAAGCUUUUGAAUCUUGGAGCGUAUAUCUCUUGGAUUCAGGACAACCUGGUACAAGCCGAGUACUGGCACGACCCUCUCAACGAGGCUGAGUACAGGGCCAAGAGUGUCUUCCUGGCUGACAUCAACCAGGAGAAGGCUUUUAAUGCGACCUACAAGGCGAAUCUGAUGAAACUGAAAAACUUGGUGUUGGUCAAAUUCAGCGAAGACACCAUGGUAGAUCCUAAGGAGAGUGAGUGGUUUGGUUUUUACGUGGAAGGACAAGCAAAGGCUGUGUACAACAUGACUCAGAGCAAGUUAUACCAACAGGAUCUGCUUGGCCUGAAGGAACUGAACGAGAGUGGUCGUCUUGCGCUCUUGGAGUCACCGACUGAUCACUUGCAGUUCACAGAGGAAUGGUUCGAAGCAAACAUCUUGAAAUAUCUGAAGUGAUUCGUUUUGCUUUCAGCAUCAGAAAACUUCUCUGGAGGUGGUGCUUGAGGGAAAGGAAACAAGAUGGGAUUUUGUUAUGUGGUGGUGUGCAUGUGUGGGUUUUAAUUUUAUGGAUUCAUAACGCAGCAAAUCCUCUGUAUUUAUUUGUAAAGUAUGUGUAUACUUGUAUACAUGAUACGCAGCUGUAUUUGUGUGUGAAUAUAUUUUCAUAUACCCUCUCUGUCUCUCUCUCUCUCUCUCUCUCUCUCUCUCUCUCUCUCUCUCUCUCUGUCUCUGUCUCUCUCUCUCUCUUUCUCUGUCUGUCUCUCUCUCUCUCAGACACACACGCACACACACACAAGUGCAUGCAAGUAAAAUACAUGGACUCUCACUCACUAAUAAACAUACUGUCCAUCAGUCCCCCCCCCCCUCCCCCUCGUUUCUCUGUCUCUUUCUCUAUCUCUCACAUGUGCACACACACACACACACACACACACACACACACACACACACACACACACACACACACACACACACACACACAUAUCCAUUGUUUGUAUUUGUUAUUCACUUGUUGGCAUUUUACUUCCCGUCUGUGCAGUCCUCUAUGGGACAACACUUAAAUAUCAAACAAAAAAUGUCACACAGAUUUCUAUUUUUACACAGGCAAUUCUAUUUCUAUGUAAAUGUUGAUGGUAGAGACAGUUGACAGUAAAAAAAAUCAGUGACAUUAUUACAAGCUCACUUAUCCGCCGUCUGUGGUGUAGCAGUUAGAUGCUUCGCCAUUACACACGGAAGACCUGCGUUGAAUUCCUUAGAAUUCCUGUGGGGAGGAGAAUUUUUAUUAUCUCGGUUUUUCUGAUGGGACGUUAUUUCCACCUUGGCCUGGGUUGGCCCCUAUUUGUGUCAAUAAGGGUGGAAAAACGCCCUCAUUUUUAAAAUAAAAAAGCUUAUUUAGCAUAUAUUUUUAUUUAUCAGCUAUGUACAGAGCAAUAUUAUCAUGUACACAAGCCUUAUGUAAACUUAUGUACUCAGGUCUUGUACUAAGCUUCCAAAGAUAAGGUUACUAGAGGGGUUUUUUUCUUUUCUGUUUUGCUGUUGCACCGAGGGCAGGAAUAUGUAGGAAGUGUUAGUUUUUUGUUGUACAAUUGGAACUUGUAUGGAGGAAAAGGCGACACAUGACAGAUGUUAUUAUAAUCUAUUUUACUACUCAGGACUCACAGAGUGCUUGAAGAUUUUUUUCUCUCACCUUUUUUAUUUUGUAUUUUGAUGGAGUCGGAAGACUCAGAUUUUUGCACUUUGACUGACUGGAUUACACUACACUUUUUUCUUUGGAAAUUGAAUUGAUUUUGAUUUUUCUUUUUUUUUCUUUUCUGAAUGUUUUUUUUUUCCUAUUGAUCAAAAUGUUUAUGAUUGUUGUUUCCUAGCAUGACUGUGAUUUUUCUGUUUUCAGGAAUAGUUUAUAUUUUUGUCUAGUCUUAUGAACUAUUUCACACGAAAAGGAAGAAAAGAUAGAUUGCUCCACGGUGAGAAAUGUCUUCAUAAAAGCCAAGAGACUGACUGCAAGACUUUAAGAUUGGCCGUUGUACGUAAAGAAAAUCUCUUUCUGAGACCAUCAUUGUCUUCUCUUCCCAAUUCUUGCAUAUAGUCUUUAAAAAAAGGAAGAGUAGGAUGAUUUUUUUGCAUAUUCUACACAUAAAAAAAAAAGAAGGAUUUUGGGACUUUUUCUUGAUUCUUAGGUCUGGUGUUGGUUCUUUGGUAGUGGUUACUUAAUAAUAUGUCUGGGUUUGCAGGGUAGUUUUAGUUUUAUUAAAAGUUUAUGACACUUGCAACACAGUUUAUAGAUCACAUACGUGCCCAAGAGUAGUAGUGUAACGCACAAAUAAAAGGAGGAGAGGAGAUAAGGACGAAAGCUAUGUGAUUGGAAAGGAGCAAAUCACACCAGAGGACCCCCCAACCACCAUCAACAGGUGAUGAAAGUGAAAAUAUGGAUAUUACUGAAUUGGGUUCACAGCCCUAUUAUACACUUUAUUAUUAUUAUACUUUAUGAAUAUGUUGUUGAUCUUAUGACUUACUUUUGAAGCGUUUCAGCCUACAAAAAGUAUCCAAUUUUUACCCUCCCAUUUUUCAAAAUAGUUGCUCUUGCUCAUGUCUGUAUCGGAACAAAAAGGGCUUCAGUAUUUCUAUUAUGUGCAGAAAACUGCUGAAUGAGUAUCAGAGGAAAAUUGUAAACAGAGAAGAGGAAAUUCUGGAUAAACCCAGAUUCCUGAAAUUGUCCAAAUUUUUACCUGAUUUCAGGUGGAUCAUUGAGAAGUUGUUGCACUUUAUGUAAAAACAAUUUUUGAUACAAGAUAUGUAUUAGACAAAAUGAUCCAUGCAGAAUCCGAAAAGUUGAGAAUUUUUUAUAUUGGCUGGUUGGCACCUCUGUAUAAAGAAUGAGUGUAAGUUGUAGGAAAAGAGUUUCCAGAAGUUCUUAGAGGUAAACCUGUUUUUUCUCUGUACUGUAUUUUCUGUGUGGAUUUUUCUUUUUCUUUGUUGAAUUUUUACAUUGAUUGUGAAUAAAUGAACUUACUUGUUUAUCUUUUA